CAUCUCCUUUCAUCAGUGCUCAGAGAAAGUAUAGCUCAGACUGUUGGCUUCUGAAGACAGGCACAGUUCGGCAAUGUGAGUAAGGGCAUGCAUGUGUUUACACAAUGAACUUCCCAGAAGCAUUUUCCAGAUGAAUAUUGAAAAUAAAGAAUGUUUGACUGGAUGGAACUGUGGUGUGUUCCAGCAAGGCUCUUCUGAAGUCAGUACUCCAUCUAGCAGUCAUGGAGCAAAUUCUGGGAACAGGUUGGAUCUGGAAAGUGACCACAGAUUAGCAGCAGAGGACAGGCUUUGCUUGCAAAGGUCCCAGGUUCCACUCUCAGUGUCUCCAAUUUUGGCUUUGUUUUUUUAAAAAGGAUCAGGUAGCAGGUGAUGGUGAAGUCCUCAGCCUGAGACAGCCUGAAAAGCACUUCAGAUCAGACUAUACAAUACUGGGCAAAUAGUCUGACCUGGCAGAAGGCAGCUUCCUAUCUACAGGAAGGCAGCUUCCUCUUGUAUUAACAAUUUGAUACACGUGUGUGUGUGUGUGUGUGCGCGCGCGCGCGCACAUGUGCGCGCACACUCAGGCUACCUGGAAACUCUGCUUCCUAUGGAGUGUAGUUAGUUAGGAAUGUAAUCACUUUGUGUGUGCUCGAACAAUGUAGUGAUUGAAGGAAAGGUGCUCCAUGUAAGGGAGUAAUGUCUGCAAACUGGUUUCUCCAUGGAUUGACUGGAUGUCAUUUACCAACAAUGCUAUCCCUUGGUCAAGCCCCAGUGGCACACAAAUGCUUUCUAGUAGUAGCAUCGUGCAGUGAGGAAAAAGCAGGUGGAAAAUGCAUGCUCAGAGAUCUCCUCUUUAUUACUACGAUGCUUACAUUUAACUUUGAGCCUUCAAAUAAACCGUACCCUUGAGUAAGUACUUACUUUCUAGUCAUCAGAAGCAGUGAUGUACCUCUCUACCUAAAUGAGUAAAACAAGAUUAAGAAAUUAAAGCACUUUCUAUAUCAAUGUUACAGAUGUACUGAGCAAGAAGAAAGACAGUAAAAGUUUAGAGAAAGCAGGAUACCCGUACACUGUAUAGAAGAUGCCUCUUCCAUUAAUAUCGAUACUGAGACGAACAUUGAAAGCCAGUGGCUGCUAACUACCGGGCACAACUUCUGUGAUUGAUGGGGCCAAUGGCAAACUUGUUUGAACUUGGAAUGUAUAAGGAAAUGCUAGAUCUAGUGAUCUCACCCAGCCUGACUGUAAAUAGAGAACACCCUGACAUUCAGAAGCUUAACCUUUCUAACACUUAUGCCACGAUUCCAGAUGACAUAGAAGGCAACAGUAAAGCUGCACCUCCGUGUUCUCUUCAUCUCUACGCUACGAAACAUUACCCCCAUAUAGUAACUGUCCCAACUUUUCCAACGAUGGCCACAUAUGGACAGACACAGUACAGUGCAGGAAUCCAGCAAACUGCUGCUUAUACUGCAUAUCCACCACCUGGGCAACCUUAUGGAAUACCUUCCUACAGCAUCAAAACUGAAGACAGUCUGAGCCAUUCACCAGGACAGAGCGGAUUCCUUAGCUAUGGAUCUAGCUUUAGCACCGCGGCCUCAGGACAGGCACCGUACACUUACCAGAUGCACGGUACCUCAGGGAUUUACCAGGGACCCAAUGGCCUGACCAGUUCUGCAGGGUUCAGCACAGUGCACCAGGAGUAUUCUUCAUAUCCCAGCUUCACCCAAAGCCAGUAUUCGCAGUAUUACAGCUCUUCCUACAACUCUUCUUACAUGUCUGCAAAUAGCAUCAGCCCAUCAGCCAUCCCAACAUCUGCCUAUUCCCUCCAAGAAGCAUCACACAACAUCAACAGUCAGAGCUCCGAAUCACUUCCUGGUGAAUAUACAACACCUGUAAAAGACACAGAAACAGACAGGCAGCCCAGAGGGACUGACGGGAAGCUACGAGGGCGAUCAAAAAGAAGUAAUGAUCCCUCCCCAACAGCCGACACGGAAAUUGAGCGUGUGUUUGUGUGGGACUUGGACGAGACAAUAAUUAUUUUUCACUCCUUACUUACGGGAACCUUUGCAUCCAGAUAUGGGAAGGACACUACUACGUCUGUCCGAAUAGGGCUUAUGAUGGAAGAAAUGAUCUUCAACCUUGCUGAUACACACCUCUUCUUUAAUGAUCUGGAGGACUGUGACCAGAUACACAUAGAUGACGUAUCGUCAGAUGACAAUGGGCAAGAUUUAAGCACAUAUAAUUUCUCAGCAGAUGGCUUUCACAGUUCAACCGCUGGAGCAAAUCUUUGUCUGGGCUCUGGAGUUCACGGGGGAGUUGACUGGAUGAGGAAAUUAGCAUUUCGCUACCGGAGGGUAAAAGAGCUCUACAACACCUACAAAAACAAUGUUGGCGGUUUAAUAGGAGCUCCUAAGAGGGAAACCUGGCUGCAGUUAAGAGCAGAACUGGAAGCGCUGACUGAUCUCUGGCUAACACAUGCUUUGAAAGCUCUGGAUUUGAUACAUUCCCGGCCUAACUGCGUAAAUGUUUUGGUGACUACAACCCAGCUCAUCCCAGCCCUUGCAAAAGUGCUCUUGUAUGGACUGGGUGCAGUCUUCCCCAUUGAAAAUAUUUAUAGUGCAACGAAGACAGGGAAAGAAAGCUGUUUUGAAAGGAUAAUGCAGAGAUUUGGACGGAAAGCUGUGUACAUUGUAAUAGGAGAUGGCGUUGAAGAGGAGCAGGGAGCAAAAAAGCACAACAUGCCUUUUUGGAGGAUCUCCUGUCACGCUGACCUGGAGGCGCUGCGGCACGCACUAGAGCUGGAAUAUUUGUAGCAGUCCCGGAUGUCUCCACAAAGGGCUUUGUAUCACUCCUGAAGACACAAGUCUAUUUCACGGGCAGUUUAUGCUCUCUCUUUCUUGAGGUGGAGCUCUUUUGUAUGAAACCCUUUAAAAGAAUCUGCACCAGGAACACCGCAUACCAAGUUCCUUUUUCUUUGAAUGGAAGAGAAACCUUUAAAUGACCCAAUAACUGGAUGAUGAAAACUGAAGUGGGACAUUUGCCAUGUAAAUUACUUCCAGGCAUGCAGAAGACCAGUUGUGGUUUUAUUUGUUAGGCUUAUUUCUUGCUUUAAUAAAUGGGAAUAGGGUGGGAAGAUAUGACAUGGAGUUUCUAGGGAUAUUUUCUGGACAGUUUAUCAAUUCAGAUGAGUUUCUGAGGAAGAGAGAAAAAAAGAUUGAAACAGAUGAUUUUUUUGUAUUUUUUUAAUUUAUGAACUAAUCCUAUUACUCUGAUAUUAAGCUCAGUACCUGUGUUUGUAUCUGCUGGGUUGGAUUGACUCAGCCCAUUCUAAUUUAAUAGCUCUUUUCUCCAAGGUAAACUCUGGGGAACAAUCAUUAUCAUGACCAUUUGAAAUGAACACAUUUGGGACUGUCGGUGUAACAACUGUAGCUAGUUUUUAAAAACUGUGGCAUGUGGGCUGCACACAUGUCUACAUAGGCUGCCAUCUUGUUUUCACAUGGUUGGGAGGAAGGAUUACCUUGUGAUGAGUGAAUGGCAAUAAAAUUAUGUUUACAACUAAAA